AUGGAAGAUACAAACAGCUUUCAAACCUUUGCUGCACAAAAAGACCUUCUUGUAACAAUCCGUUUUUCUGCUUCUAUCCCAGAUCUCCGCCUGGAAGUACCCGAUCCCUCAUCGACAACUACAGCCGGUUUAAAACAGCUGAUUCGGAAGAAGCUACCUGGCGAUUUAGCGAAGAGGAGAUUACGCCUGAUCCACGCGGGAAAAGCACUUGAAGAUGGGGUGGGAUUGGGUGUGAGCCUGAAAUUUGAGCUGGAGCCCGGGGAUGUCAAGGGCAAACGGCCGAUCCGAGGUGCCCAUGACACGCAAAGACUCGAUAUUCCGUCUCACGCCACGAAGAGGAUACUAUACAUCCACUGUUCAAUCGGUGACAUCGUUCUCUCUGACGAGGAGCUGGUAAAAGAGGCUCGACAGUCCCACGUAUUGUCUACGAUACCCGGUGAACCUGACCUUCCAGGCUCCCACCUUUCUGGCGCUCCCGCUUUUCCCCAAGACCACAUACACGAUCCGUCCCAUGCGACAGGUGCCUCUACGACUACUCCUGCCCCGCGCGGAUUCGAUCGCCUGCUUUCCGCUGGCUUCACUGUCGCCGAGGUCUCCGCUCUCCGUUCCCAGUUCCUUGCUCUCCAGUCCCUCUCACACACACCUGAUACUAUGCCUGUCGGGGAGGAGCUCCGUCGCCUUGAAGAUCGUUGGAUGGACGAAGGUUCCAACGACGCUUUGCCAGGCGGCGGAGCUGGCGGUGACUUGACGGGCGGAGAUGCAUUUGGCAAUGUGAGCAGCGACGUGUCUGGCGUUCUGGAUGAUAUGCUAUGGGGAUCGGUGAUGGGCUUCUUCUGGCCGAUCGGAUGCGGGAUAUGGUUGCUGAGGGAGGAAGGGGUGUGGAGUUGGCGAAAAGGACUGGCUGUGUUUGUGGGCUUACUGGUUAACUUUGGCUUUGGCGCGGUAAGGUGGAUGAAUUAG